GCCUACGUCACCGUGUUGUUGCGGAAGUGCCGGGAAACGCUGUGUUGUUAAUUCUCUACUCUUGACAGUUGCAUUCAUUGUUCAGAGCACACAUACAGGGCUGGUUCUGCGUUUGUUGCGCCAUCGCACAGGUGAAAAACUCGACUUAUGGCAGCUCUGAAAUACGCAGGUAUGGACGAUACAGACAGUGACGACGAGUUACCUCCUGGAUGGGAGGAGAGAUCUACGAAAGAUGGAUGGGUCUACUAUGCAAACCAUGAUGAGAUGAAGACACAGUGGGAGCACCCCAAGACAGGAAAGAAAAAACGUUGUGCUGGAGAUUUGCCAUAUGGUUGGGAGCAAGAAACUGAUGAAAAAGGACAGAUAAUUUAUGUUGAUCACAUCAAUAAGCGGACCACAUAUUUUGACCCACGUCAGGCAUUUACAGUAGAGGACGUGGUGGUGAAGCCAAAACGGUACGAUGGAAAUACUGCUGCUCUAGAGAUCCUGCAAGGUCGUGACUUCUCUGACAAGGUUGUCCUCGUUACCGGGGGCAACUCCGGCAUUGGCCUUGAGACAGCCAGGUCUUUUGCCCUUCACGGUGCCCACGUGAUCCUGGCAUGUCGAAACCUGUCCCGGGCCAGCAAGGCAGUUAGUCUUAUACAGCAGGAGUGGCACAAAGCAAGAGUAGAAGCCAUGAUGUGCGACCUGGCCUCUCUCCGCAGCGUCAGGGAGUUCGCUGAGUCUUUCAAGGCCAAGAAGCUGCCUUUGCACAUCUUGGUGUGUAAUGCAGCGGUUUGCACUCAGCCGUGGAGCUUGACAGAGGACGGUCUGGAGUCAACCUUCCAGGUCUGCCAUCUGGGUCACUUCCUGCUGGUCCAGUGCUUACAGGAUGUGCUGCGUCGCUCGGCCCCUGCCCGUGUUGUGGUGGUGUCUUCAGAGUCCCACAGGUUCACAGACCUGUUAGACUCGUGUGGUAAGGUGGACUUGGCCCUGUUGUCUCCGCCAAGGAAGGAGUACUGGUCCAUGCUGGCUUACAAUCGUGCCAAACUCUGUAACAUUCUCUUCAGCAAUGAGCUCCACCGCCGCCUCUCACCUCAUGGUGUCACCUCCAACGCAGUGCAUCCUGGGAACAUGAUGUAUACCUCCAUUCACCGGAGCUGGUGGCUGAUGACCUUUCUCUUCACGCUGGCCAGACCUUUCACCAAGUCUAUGAGAGUUCUUGAGCUAGAUGCAGCUGCAGUUCUCGGUGAAUUCAUAUUUAUUGAUGAAGUCGGUUUCAACCUCGCAAAAAGGCCACAGCGGGUAACAUCAUCGGCCAGUGUGCCAUUGUUGAGGUUCCUGGCCAGUGAGGGGGGAAUAUCACCAUGUGCACAGCUAUAAAUCACCAAGGCGUCCUCCAUCACCAUUCAACCCUUGGCCCCUACAAUACUGCCAAUCUCAUCAUUUUCCUGGACACACUACACAAUAUCCUCACUCCAGCCGAGCAGAUGGAUGGCCCAGAGCAGUCCAGGUACGUUGUCAUCUGGGACAACGUAAGUUUCCACUGGGUUGCUCUGGUCCACAACUGGUUCAUCGACCACCCAUGCUAUUCUGUUCUUCAUCUGCCAAAGUGUUCUCCAUUUCUCAACCCUAUUGAGGAGUUUUUUUCAGCUUGAUGUUGGAAAGUAGUGUACGAACGCAGGCCCCUUGUGCACAUACCCCUCCUGCAAGCAAUGGAGGAAGCAUGUGGUGAUAUAGCUGCUGAAGCAUAGGAGGGCUGGAUUCGUCAUGCCAGGCGAUACUUUCCCCACUGCUUAGCCAGCGAGAACAUUACCUGUGAUGUUGAUGAGGUCCUGCGGCCGGACAGAAGCAAAACGCAGCCUAAUUUUCUUUUUCUUUACAGUAUAUGCAGAAGGCCUAUUUUCCUUUUCUAUUGUUUGUUCUGUAUGAAGAACACAUUGCAAAUCCAAUUGUUUGCUCAGAUGUAUACAGUAUUUCAGAAUAAAAAACAUUCUAUUCUUGUAUUUGUACAUUUUAUAUUUGAGUAUGAAAACAGUUUACAACAGGCUACUGUAUGUACAGUAUGUCAUGUAAUACUGGAAAUGCAAAAUGCCACUGAUAAGAUUAUUAUAAUAGUGUUUUCUGCCCAUCAUACUAUUUUCCAUUGAGCACAUCAGUAUUCAAUUGAAAUGUGUAUUCAUUUGAUGGUGUGUGUGUCAUUUGAAGACAAAAUUUCAUUUUGAGAAGACAUAAUAUUGUUUUGAGUGCAAUGUUUUCUUUUGCAAGCAAUUUGUGUAGUUUGGGGUUUUGUGUGGGAGUUUUUGGUAUUUUUUUUAGGGUUUUUAUAGAAAAUGA